GUUGCUGAGAGUCAACCAGUCUACUCAUCAUGGAUGUUGAGCUGUACGUCUAUGACCUCUCCAAGGGUCUCGCGCGAUUGUACUCUAUGCCUCUGACCGGCACCCAAAUUGAUGCCAUCUACCACACCUCGCUGGUCCUCAAUGGCGUCGAGUACUACUUCGGCCAGGGCAUCCAAACGGCUGUCCCCGGCAGCACCCACCAUGGGCAGCCGAUGGAGAAGCUGCAUCUGGGCCAGACGGAGCUCCCCCUGGACGUGAUCGACGAGUACAUCCAGUCCAUGGCGGGGAUUUACACGCCCGAGUCUUACGAUCUCUUCCUGCAUAAUUGCAACAAUUUCACCCAAGACUUGGCCAUGUUUCUGCUCGGAAAGGGCAUCCCGGAGCACAUCCAAAACCUCCCGCAGACCUUCCUGAGCACUCCCUUUGGUCAAAUGAUGAAGCCACAGAUCGAAAUGGCCCUGCGUGGUGUCACCCAAGGCACUGGCACAGACGGCGCUCAAGCGCCGCCCGCCUCCAGACCGCCAGCAGCACCAGCACCAGCACCAGCACCAGCAGCUCCCUCGGCCCAACUCUCGGCGCCUGUUACGCAGGGUGUAGUCCGAAUGGCAAGCAGCCUGGCGCAGCUGGAGCAGCAUCUCACCGCCGCCUCCGACUCAUGCGCUGUCAUCUUCUUCACUUCGGCCACCUGCCCGCCCUGCCGGAUGGUCUAUCCCACGUACGACGAACUGGCCGAGGAGGCGGGGGCCCGCGCUACCCUGAUCAAAGUCGACAUCAGCAGCGCGCUGGACGUCAGCGCGCAAUACCGCGUGCGCGCGACGCCCACCUUCAUGACCUUCCUCAAGGGCCAGAAGGUCGACGAGUGGUCCGGCGCCAACCCAGCGCAGCUGCGCGGCAACGUGCGCCUGCUGCUGGAGAUGGCCGCCACCCCGACGCACCGGCACCGCCAGCUCCAUCUCCCCAGCUUCCAGCGCCACCUCCCCAACUACGUCACCUACAAGAAGAUCCCUCCGCUCGACAAGCUGCGCCAGAAGCUCCACCCCCACACCGACGACCCGACGCUGACAUCCAUCCUCGACUUCAUUCAACGCCGCUUCACGACAACCCCUGAGACCACUGGUGGUGGUGCUGCCGACGUCGCCCUCCCAGCAUCCCUCCCGACCUUCGGCCCCUACCUCCAAACCACGAUCUCCACCCUCGCCCCGGAGAACCACUUCGCGCUUGUCGAUCUCGUGCGGCUGUUGUUCCUCGAUCCCAGGGUGUCUGGCUACUUCGCCGCCGAAGACCCGCACCACGAGCUCCUCCGCACUUUGUUUUCAUCUGCAGACACCACCACCACCACCACCGAUAAUCCCUCAUACCCACUACGCAUCACCCUUCUCCAACUAGCCUGCAAUCUCUUUACCAGCCCCCUCUACGCCGACCACUUUUCAUCCACCUCAUCCACCUCCUCCUCCAAUCAUCUACUACAGCCCCUCCUCAACCUCACAACAACCUCCCUCCUAGACCCCCACCCCAACCUCCGCAUCGUCGCCACCUCCUUCGCCUACAACCUCGCCGCCCACAACCACAACGCCCGCUUCGCCGGCCACGCGGACCCCCUCCCCGUCGACACGCAGGUCGAGCUCGUCGCCUCGCUGGCCGAGGCGCUGGCGCAGGAGACCCAGAGCCGCGAGGCGGUGCACGGGCUGGUCUUUGCGCUGGGACUGCUGGUGUACGAGGCGCCUGAGGAAGGGGAGGUGGUGGAUCUUUGUAAGGCGUUGGGUGUGGCGGAGACGGUCGUGGCGAAGGGGGCGGAGGUUCCCGGGUUGAAGGGGGAGGAUCGGGCGUUGAUUCGGGAGGUCGGGGAAGUUUUGUUAAGGAAGUUGUAG